GUCAUGCAGCGGGGGGCGGGAGCGGAGCGGGAGCGGAACCGGAGCGGGCUUCCGGGUGCUGGGCGGUGCGGGGCCGACAGGGAGCUGAGGGGCACCAGCCAUGGUCCUGGCCAGCGCGGGGAGGAUGGCGGGCCUCCAGAGGAGGACGGCAGGGAUCAGGAAUAUCUGCAUUUUGGCGCAUGUGGAUCACGGUAAAACUACUCUAGCUGAUUGUCUGAUCUCUAGCAAUGGAAUAAUCUCUAGCCGCUUAGCAGGAAAGCUGAGAUACCUAGACAGUAGAGAAGAUGAACAGAUCCGAGGAAUAACAAUGAAAUCUAGUGCGAUUUCAUUGCACUUUAAGAAAGGUGAUCAGGAGUAUCUGAUUAAUUUAAUAGAUUCCCCAGGGCACGUGGAUUUUUCUUCAGAAGUAUCUACUGCUGUCCGACUCUGUGAUGGUUGUAUCAUAGUGGUGGAUGCUGUUGAAGGAGUCUGUCCACAGACUCAAGCAGUUCUACGGCAGGCUUGGCUAGAAAAUAUUCGUCCGGUAUUGGUGAUAAAUAAAAUUGAUCGCUUGAUUGUAGAGCUCAAGUUCACCCCUCAAGAAGCAUACUUGCACCUCAAGAAUAUCUUAGAGCAGAUCAAUGCAGUCACUGGAACACUCUUUACCUCUAAAGUUUUAGAAGAAAGAGCUGAGAAAGAAACAGAAGGUGAAAAUAUUUCAGACACAGCACUUGGAGAUCAAAUUUAUGACUGGAGUGCUGGACUGGAAGAUACUGAUGAUUCCCAUCUCUAUUUUUCGCCAGACCAUGGAAAUGUGGUGUUUGCCAGUGCAAUUGAUGGAUGGGGUUUUGGCAUUGAGCAUUUUGCAAAACUGUACAGCCAGAAGAUUGGAAUCAAGCCUGCAGUGCUUCUGAAGACUUUAUGGGGAGAUUACUAUCUAAAUACAAAAGCAAAGAAGAUAAUGAAAGGUGAUCAGUCAAAAGGAAAGAAACCUUUGUUUGUGCAGUUGGUGCUGGACAACAUAUGGAGUCUAUAUGAAGCUGUUAUGAAGAGAGACAAAGAAAAAAUUGAAAAGAUAAUCACCUCUUUGGGAUUGAAAAUUGGUGCACGGGAGUCACGGCAUGCAGACCCCAAAGUUCAUCUUAAUGCCAUUUGUAGCCAGUGGCUACCAAUAUCUGAUGCAGUCCUCUCCAUGGUGUGUAAUAAGCUUCCCAGUCCUCUUGACAUCACUGCAGAAAGAGUGGAAAAAUUGAUGUGUGUUGGAGCUAGAACAUUUGAUUCUUUACCACCAGAAACUCAGGAACUGAAAAGUGCUUUUAUGAAAUGCAGUAGUGAAGGAACGGCCCCAGUUAUUGUCUUUGUUUCCAAAAUGUUUGCUGUUGAUGCAAAGGCAUUACCACACAAUAAACCAAGGCCUUUAACUCAAGACGAAAUAGCUCAACGACGUGAACUUGCAAAACGGAGACAUGCAGAAAAAAUUGCAGCAAAUCAAGGGAAGGAACUGUCAGAAAAGCCCCCAAGUGAAAAUUCAUCUGAAGUGACUGGAAACACUGGUGAUACAAAAGGUGAAGAGCAACAGCUCACUGGUCAAACAGAGAUCGCAACCUCAAAGGCAGCAAAACUAGAAGCAGACAACAAGGAGUCUUUCAUUGCUUUUGCUAGAGUGUUCAGUGGUGCAGUGAAAAGAGGGCAAAAGAUCUUUGUUUUAGGACCAAAAUAUGAUCCUGCCGAGUCUUUGCAUAAGCUGUCAUCCCAGUGUUCUGCUACCGAUGAUCUGCCAUUAGUACCUCAUAUGACUUGCUGUACAUUGGAGAAUCUCUACUUGCUUAUGGGAAGAGAACUUGAAGAUCUUGAAGAAGUACCUGCAGGAAAUGUUCUGGGGGAGUCCUCAGCACCUAGAGCCAGAGCCCUGGAGAGUGAUACUUUUUCGGUGUCAGUUGUUAUUGAAAUCCAGCAGAGAAUAGGAGGUCUGCAAGAUGUUGUGCUAAAGUCUGCAACUUUGUCAACUUCACCAGCUUGUCCACCAUUUACACCUCUCAACUUUGAGGCUACACCAAUUGUGCGAGUAGCUGUUGAACCAAAACAUCCAAGUGAUAUGCCUCAGCUGGUGAGAGGAAUGAAGCUUUUAAACCAAGCUGAUCCAUGUGUCCAAGUUUUAAUCCAGGAGACAGGAGAGCAUGUGCUAGUGACAGCAGGAGAAGUUCAUCUUCAGCGUUGCUUGGAUGACCUGAAAGAAAGGUUUGCAAAGAUAGAGAUUAGUGUAUCAGCACCUAUUAUUCCAUUCCGAGAGACAAUAACAAGACCUCCAAAAGUUGAUAUGGUAAAUGAAGAAAUAGGAAAACAGCAGAAAGUUGCUGUCAUACACCAAACAAAAGAGGAGCAAAACAAAAUUCCUGAAGGAAUUCAGGUUGAUUCAGAUGGGCUUGUUACAAUAUCUACUCCAAAUAAGCAUGCUACUCUCAGCGUAAGAGCAGUGCCACUUCCUGAGGAGGUAACUCGACUUCUUGAAGAAAACAGUGACUUGAUUCGAACUAUGGAGCAACUCAACACAUCUCUGAAUGAAGAUAAAAAAACUCUUGAGAUAAAUCAGAAGACUAUUGAUAGGAUCAAGGAAUUCAAGCAAAAAUUAGAGCAAAAUCUGCAGGGAAGAAAGUGGAGAAAUGCUGUUGAUAAUAUCUGGUCAUUUGGACCACGGAAGUGUGGGCCUAAUAUCUUGUUAUAUAAAUUUGAGGGCUACACAAAGUCUGUGUGGCAGUGCCUUGGGAAUGCUGUGAAAGAAAUCAGUAAAUACAAGGACUUUGACAACAGCAUAAUAAGCGGAUUUCAGCUGGCUACGCUUUCAGGUCCCAUGUGUGAAGAACCCCUGAUGGGUGUGUGUUUUAUAGUGGAAAAAUGGGAAAUUAAUAAGGUUGGAGAGAUGCUGUCAACUAGAUGUCAAGAUUCAGGGGAAUGUGAUGCCAUAGAACAAAACGAAGAUACUGUUUCUUUAACAAGCAGUUGCACUGUUGAAGUUUGUGGUGAGAAUGAACACCAAGACAGCAGUGAAAGUGUUACAAAGUCACCUGAGAAAGUUAGUAAAAACAAGGGAGAAGUUUUACUUGCAGAUUGUUAUGGUCCUUUUUCUGGACAACUGAUUGCCACCAUGAAAGAAGCUUGUCGUUAUGCUUUGCAAGCAAAACCACAGAGGCUCAUGGCAGCAAUGUACACAUGUGAAAUUAUGGCUACUGCAGAAGUUUUAGGUCGUGUGUAUGCUGUCUUGUCCAAACGAGAAGGCAGAGUGUUACAAGAGGAGAUGAAAGAGGGAACGGAUGUGUUUAUUAUUAAGGCAGUCCUGCCAGUAGCUGAAAGCUUUGGUUUUGCUGAUGAAAUCAGGAAGAGAACUAGUGGCCUGGCCAGUCCGCAGCUGGUGUUCAGCCACUGGGAGAUCAUUUCAAGUGACCCGUUCUGGGUACCAACCACCGAGGAAGAAUAUUUGCACUUUGGGGAAAAGGCAGACUCUGAGAACCAGGCCCGCAAGUACAUGAAUGCAGUUAGAAAACGAAAGGGACUUUAUGUAGAAGAAAAAAUUGUGGAGCAUGCUGAAAAGCAAAGAACUCUCAGUAGGAAUAAGUAGCUGCGUCUGCUUCCUUUCCCUCCUGACUCAGCUAAGUGCGUGUGGAUAAUUUUCUAUGCAGCAGAUUCAAAAUUCCAUCUGGACUUGUUCUUUUACACCAGUUUUCUUACACAUGAUAAUGUCCAUGGCUUAUGUUUUGAAGAACGUAAGCCUUUCCAACUUUUAUACAGAGAGAAUAGUUUGUUUAUUUAAAUAAAGCCUAGGUAUAUUCCUUGGAAUUGGUCUCAAUUUUUAGAACUUUCUGCCCUGUUGCUGUCACGGGAUUAGGAACUCCGAAUUUAAUUUGUUUCUUUCUGAUUUAUCAGAUGAAAUUGCAUUUAGAGUUGGUGUGCUAGUCUGUUGCAAAUAAACUAUGCAAUAAAUUUA